AUGCAUAGCCACAGCACUCAAGAGGAUCCGGAGUGGUCCACUGCAUCAGCUGAUUGCAGGUUGGACUUCCAUGUUGGGAGCUUUAAUGUGCCUUAUAUCUUUACUCUACAGUUUAAUCCUAGCAACAACCAACUAAGCGUUUCCAGCAUCACCAACGCCACCGGCCCUCACUCGUGGCUCUCAUUGUCUCCGGAUCAACGUACUCUGUAUGCAACGGCUUGGACCGAGCCAAUCUCUACCAUUGCGGCAUAUCGGUCCGUCGACUCAGGCGACGCGUUGCAGUUGCUGGGUUCCAAACCAGUCCGAAACAAGCCGGGCUAUGUCAGCUGUUCCGAUACUCAUAUUUACUGCGUAGGGGGCAAUACCGGAGAGGUGUUCAGGGUCGACAGAAACGGUGGGAUAGGGGAUUUGGUUCAGGAACUUGACUUCGCGAUUGAUGAGGAACAUGAGAAACCGGACACGGGGGCCAGUCGGCAUUCAGUGCCCCACGGAGAUUUCGGCGGCCUUCGCCAUGGUGCACAUGGGUGCGACCUCAGUCACGAUGAGAAGGCAUUAUUCGUGGCAGAUAUCGGUAGAAACUGCACGUGGAGUUUCUCGGUGAACAAAACUGAGAAACUCGUACUUCAAGACCAGCAGAAACAUGUUGCCCCCAGGGCUGAUGAUGGGCCACGGCACGUUUGGCCACACCCCAAUGGAAAAGUAUUGUAUGUUGUUCAAGAGCACAGCAGCAUUGUUGACGUUUUUUAUAUACAAAGGGACCGGGCUGGGGUUGUAAAGAGUCUGAAUCACGCCCACGGUGCCAGCCUCUUGCCAGAGGGAGAAUGUGCUGCGCAUUAUUGGGCCGACGAGGUCCGACUCUCAACAGAAUCGAACCCAAGGUAUUUGUUUGCUUCCACCAGGGGUCUCGAAAGUCACACAAACGGCUACGUCUGUGUGUUUGGGCUGAAUCAAAAUGGUACUCUGACCCAGACGGUUGCCAUUGAUAUUUGGGAAACACCAACUAGUGGUGGGAUUGCAAAUGCAAUCGAGCCGGCGCCGUGGUCAACAAGGGUCUCGCAAGCGUGUCCAUCAAAACACUUCAUAGCCAUGACUGACAGCGAAGCUUGCAAAGUCUUCAUUCUCAGUUUUGACGGAAAGACAAUAUGCAUGGUAAAUUCCACCGUCCUAGAAGUACCUAUGCGCAACCAGGUUGGUCAAAAGAUGCUCGCACAACCAGCCACGGCAAUUUGGGUUCGACCGAAGGCAUGA